AUUGAGCCAUGUAUUUUUUUGAAACACCCACCAAAAAGAGAAUCGCCCAGGUGGCAUGCGCUGUGAUAUGGUGUCUCUUUGGAGCGGGCCCAAUCUUCGGUUUUGCCGCUCUCAAGCCGGUUCUCGUCGACCAGAAAGUCUACGAGGACGUAUGCAACCUAAGUUCCCAGGAUUACCUAGCCGAGGGCUUCAUACCGAAUUGCACAGAACAGGAUCUCAAGCUGAACAUGAUGUUCACUACCGGCGCGGUUCUGACCAACGUCAGUGCGCUUUUGAUUGGCAGAACGCUGGAUAUAUACGGCCCUAGAGUGUGCGGACUGAUAGGCGCAACAUCCAUGCUUUUUGCCUCUUUAGUGUUCAUCUACUCCAAAUCCAUCACCUGGUUUGACCCUUACCUGGUGGGAUACGCGGCAAUGGCGCUGGGCGGCCCAUUUUCCUUUAUCUCGAGCUUCCAGCUAUCUAACGCAUUUCCUGAAAAAUCUGGAUUAAUUCUUGCACUUUUGACCGGAGCCUUUGACACCUCCUCUGCUGUGUUUUUGGUGUACAAAUUUGCGUACACGAGAUGGCCAGAGGCCCUGAAAAUCGAAACUUUCUACAAAAUGUACCUCGUGAUCCCGCUCUUUAUCGUUCUGGCGGAGAUCUUCAUCAUGCCAAACGAGUCUUAUCUGACACCGCCAGCUCUGGAGCGCGAGGACUCACUGCACGAGGUGAACGAGAACACGCAUCUUCUGGCAGUUCAAGGAGCAGCCAAAAGACGGUCCUCGCUAGGAGAGGCAUACAGAUCGGCCUAUGUGGAGGAGGAGCUUGAAGAAGUCACAACCCCAACGCCCAACUCUGUCUUCGGAAUCCUGCACGGUUACCCUUCCUCCUACCAGUUCAGAACAUACUGGUUCCUGCUAAUUUGUCUUUUUGCAACCAUCCAGAUGCUCAGACUGAAUUAUUUUGUUGCAACCGUUAAUUCGCAGUACACAUAUUUGCUUGGCUCAUACGAAAAGUCUGCCAAGCUGAACAAAGUCUUUGACAUUGCGCUGCCUCUCGGCGGCGUGCUCUCAAUCCCUGUUAUUGGACGCAUCUUGGACGGCUGCUCGACCUCGCUCGUGAUGUUUAUUCUGCUUGCAGUGUCCAUUUUGAUCGGUGUGCUCAAUUGCAUCAAAAACUCUUUUGUGGCCGGAGUUAUCAAUGUUCUCAUCUUUGUGUGCUACAGGCCAUUCUUCUACACCUCCAUAUCGGACUACUGCGCCAAAGUGUUUGGUUUCGAGACUUUUGGAACGGUGUACGGUUCAGUCAUGACCAUCUCUGGUAUAUUCAACUUCCUGCAGUCUCCAUUAGACAGACUCACGCACACGGUGUUCAGGAUGAACCCCAUUCCGCUAAAUCUGCUGCUUCUAUUCAUCACAUUAGUCAUUGGUGGCACGCAUGUGGUCUACGUGCAUGUGCAGAGCAAGGCGUACAAUAAGAAAAGAAGAGCACAUAACUUAAGACGUUGA